AUGAGUACGCAGACCAUUUCCGGUAGUCUCGAUGAGUAUGAUGAUAACAAAGAUAUGUGUCCGAUUUGUAAGACAGAUCGAUACUUAUCUCCUGAUUUAAAGUUUUUAGUGAAUCCUGAAUGUUAUCAUAAGAUUUGUGAAAAUUGUGUGGAUCGUAUUUUCAGUCUUGGUCCUGCGCAAUGUCCAUAUAAAGGUUGUGAUAAAAUUUUAAGAAAGAAUAAAUUUAAGACUCAAGUAUUUGAUGAUGUUGGUGUUGAAAAAGAAGUUGACAUUAGAAAACGUGUAUUCAAUGUAUUUAAUAAAACGAUAGAUGACUUUAAUGGUAAUUUAGAUGAUUUUAAUAAAUAUUUAGAAGAUGUUGAAGAUAUUGUUUAUAAUUUAGAUCAUGGUGUUGAUGUUGAAAAGACAGAAGAAAGGUUAAGAACUUACGAAGAAUUAAAUAAACAAUUGAUUUUAAAUAAUAUUGAACGUAGUAAGAAGGAUAUUGAAAAUUUCAGUCAAAGACAACAAUUUGAGAAAGAAAUGAAAUUAAAGAAAAAAUUAUUGGAGAGACAAAUUGAAGAAGAAGAUCGUUUUAAUAAAGAAUGGGCUAAGAAAGAAAUUGUCAAUAGAUUAAUGAGUUCAUCAGGAAAUGAUACAACGGAUGUUAUUGAAGGUGUUAAAAAUACUGUGAAAUUAAAGAAAUCAUCAGCAAGAAGAAAACUUGAAGAAUUAAAUCGUGUAUUAAAGGAUAAUCCAUAUUUCGCUGCAAAUAAUAUGGGUCAAAAUAAUCGUAUUAAGAGUUCAAUACCUUAUACACCAUUCAAUGGUGAUCGUGAUUUACAUCAACGGUUUGAGGUUGAUGAGACUAAAUAUAAUGAUCCAUUAGUUCAAGAAUUAGAGAAAAGGAAAGAUUAUAUUGCUUCAGGUUUCAGAACAGACUUUAUAUAUGAACGUGUAUUAACAGAAGCAUUCAUGGGUUUAGGAUGUGUAAUUUCAGAAGAGAGAGCAUAA